AUGCCUUCGUUCGCGAUAGAGGCUGAAGGUGAGACGGUACCUCUUUCUGUCCAGGACAUCUAUCAGACCUUAGUGAAGACUGCUGGCUCCCAGGCAACACAGCAAUCUCUUCAAGUUUCAGCCAAGCAGCUCACCAACUGGGAGAAGACACCGGGAUACUACUCUCUGCUGCAAGAGGUCUACUCCGAUUUUAGCCUCGACGAAGGAGUUCGCUUUCAAGCCAUAAUCCAGCUCAAGAACGGCAUAGACAGACACUGGAGGAAGACUUCUCAUCAUGCAAUUCAGAAACAGGAGAAACAAAAGAUAAGGCUGAAGGGCAUUGAAAUUGGUGUUCAGGAGCCCAAACCUACAUUAGCCCUCCAGAAUGCUCUUAUGCUCGCUAAGAUUGUCCGGAUUGAAUUCCCUCACGAUUGGCCAGACGUUAUUUCUAUCUUGAUACAGCAUUUACGAAAUACUGGAGAUCAGAGUGCAAGUCCAAUCUAUGUCCGCAACACCCUGAAUAUCGUACUCCAGAUUAUCAAAGAACUUGCCACAGGAGCAUUAAUAAGGACGAGAAAGAGUUUACAGUCAGUGGCUUCGGAACUGCUGCAUGUGCUUGGUCAGCUCUACUUUGGUCUGGUGGAGAAGUGGAGGUCUAUUCCUGACAGCUCUACUAUGCUGAAUAGUCAUGCCGCAUUGAAGACCUUGAGGAGAUUGUUGGUUUUUGGCUUUGAGCACCCGCAUCGUGAAGGUUCCGUCAAGCAGCUCUGGCAAGUACUACAGGAACAUAGUGAUUAUUUCCUGUCGUCAUGGAAUACAGAUCUGUCUAAUAUACUGUUGGUUAAACACCUCUUCCAAAUCAACAAGCUCUGGCUUGACAUGUCCAAGCAACAUCCAGCCUCCUUCGUACUGCUUGGUUGCAUGGACAUUCUUAGACGUUCUUGGACCCUCGUGAAUGGCAACAAUGCAAAGGAAGCAUUGAAUCCCAAUUUCGACUGGUCCGUGCACAGCAACGGUGAUUCCAGUGAUGAGCAACUACCUAUUGAGAAGAUGGCCUUGAAAGCGUUGUUACUCUUCCGGUCGUGUAUCAAGAUGGUCUUUAAUCCAGUGCACACCUUCAAAUACCAGUAUCCUGACGAUAAGGAGGAUAGAAAGCAAGCUGUUGAUCAGAUUAGGUCUCAAGUCUUCACCAACGAUUUUGUCUUACAGCUUAUGGAAAUUCUAGUAACGCAAUAUUUCGUCUUACGACCAUCCGAUCUUCGAGACUGGGAAGAAGAACCCGACGAAUGGGAGAAACGCGAGGAAGAGAUCGCAGAUGCAUGGGAGUUCUCCAUACGAUCCUGCUCAGAAAAGCUAUUUCUCGAUCUUGUCAUACACUUCAAAGAAUUGCUCGUUCCACGGCUACUCCAGGUAUUCCAACAGUAUGCAAACGUGGACAACCAUGAGGUCCUCUUGAAAGACAGCCUGUACUCUGCCAUUGGAACUGCCGCCGCGUGUGUAGAGGAUGUGCUUGACUUCAAUAGCUUCAUCCGCAACACACUUGUGCCAGAAGUGCAGAUGGACCAGCCGAAUUACAAUCUACUGAGACGACGUACUGCUAUGGUACUAGGUCAAUGGGUGCCCAUACAGCCUGAACGUCUAGAUCGAGUGGCUGUUUACCAAAUAUUUGCUUACCUUCUCAACCCUACAGACAAAUUGAACGAUCAUGUGGUUCGUGUCACUGCUGCGCGCCAGCUAAAAUUAGUCUUGGAGCCUUUUGAGUUCUCAGUUCAGGAUUUCCAGCCGUACGCAACCACUAUUCUUGAAAAUAUUAUGCGCUUGAUCCAGGAGACUGAGCUAUCAGAGACAAAGAUGGCCUUGCUAGAAACAGUUCGAGUCGCUGUCACCAAGCUCGAAGAUCAAGUCGAACCAUAUGCAGGAGGCAUUAUGUCGAUACUGCCAUCGUUGUGGGCAGAAAGUGGCGAGGAGCAUCUGAUGAAGCAGGCCAUCUUGACCAUGAUCACAGCCAUAAUCAAUAGCCUGCGUCAGAAAGGGACAUCUUAUCAUCGACCUAUCUAUCCUUUGAUUCACGACUCGGUACAGCCCGAAUCAGAAGCCAGCGUGUACUUACUGGAAGAAGCGCUUGAGUUGUGGUCAGCACUCAUAGCACAGACACCUACAGAGAAUCCUCCCACUGAGCUGCUGGCCUUGUCCAUUGACCUUCUGCCUUUGCUUGAACUUGGUUCGGAUCACUUACGCCAGUGCUUUGAAAUUUUAGAGUCAUAUGUCGUUCUCUCGCCCGCCACCAUUCUUGAUCCUCAAGUGUUAACACCACUUCUUGUUUCACAGAAAUCAAUGCUGCCAAUGCUCAACUCCUCGAGAGCGCGCGAUGCAAGCAUGUCGCCACGUAUAAUACAAACUCUUGUCCAAACACUAUCUGUUCCGGGAUAUUACACCAACGAAACACAGCAAAAUGCCCUGCAGCACAUUUUGACCAGCAUGGCACACACAGACUACCUGCGCUCGCUAAUCGCAAGUUUGCAUGAAGCCUAUAUUUACCAUCAGAAUCCACGGCCCGAUCGAAGGCCACCAGAAAUCAUUGGAAUAGGAGAGACGUCACUAUUCACCCUUCUCAGCCAUAUUAUCCUUGCAGAUCCAUCGUUGUUCCUGUCUGUGCUUGGUUCAAUUCAUAAUCCAGAGAAUACCGGAGAUGGGAUAUUAUCAUGGCUAUUAACAGAGUGGUUCCAUCAGUACGACAGCACGCCAGACACCCUAAGACGUAAAGUGCAAGUCUUGGCACUUACGUCUCUUCUUUCUGUUGAUCCAGCUCCAAUGCCUCUGCUAGCCUCUCUGCAAUCGCUUUUCAGUAUCUAUACAGAUACGCUAACCGAGCUAGCUGAAGGGACCGCAGAAGAGAAUCGUGGCGAUUAUCUGUACUCGCCGGCCCAGCCAGGAGGGAUGCUUCCGAACUGGCCAGAGACAGAUAGCCCAGAGGAUGUUCGUAAGAGACACAUGACAAAUUGGGAGGUAGUCUAUGUUAUCAAUACCAGAGAAUUUGUGGCAGAGAGACUGAAACAUGCAAUACAGAACUGUGGUGGGCAGGAGGCGUUUCAGCAGCAGUGGAUCACGGAAAGGAUAGAUCAAGAUGUGGUCAAAGGAUUUACCAACCUGGGUCUUCUUUGA